AGUUCACUAAAGGAGCCGUUUAAACUCGCUGUCGUCCACUCUGGAGUAGACUUCGUUAGAUGUUAGAGUUUAGGUCGAGUUUCAGUCGAUUUAAACGGAGAGCUGCCUCCGAAAGUUACAAGAGCAGUUCUGCUGGUGUACGUUUCUUUUCACUCAGCUGUUAGUUCGUUUCAUAGUAGAUUUUCCUUCUCUUUGUCGCUGUCUACAGUUAGUUUUAUUUACAGGUUGAGAAAAUGCCGAGAGGUUUUUCGUCGAAACAGCUUUCCCGUCACGCUUGGCCACUUAUUUUCGCGGGUCGGCUAUUUUAGUCUGUGUCGUGUGAUGUUUGCUGUGUGGAAACCUAACUCUUGACUUGGCUUUUGCAGUUUUGACUGAUCUUACUGGUGGCUUUUCACAGGUGAAUAAGUUUGGACAGCUGUUCCCCAUCAAUUUCCCAUCUUCAAUGUUGCAAACAUGGAUAAAUACGACGAUUUGGGACUUGAGGCGAGUAAAUUCAUCGAGGACUUGAACAUGUAUGAAGCAUCGAAGGACGGCUUAUUUCGCGUGAAGAGAGAUGCGGGAAACAACCCGGAUUUUGAAGAAACCAGAAAAGUUUUUGCCUCAAAGAUGACUAAAAUACACAUACAGAAGCAGCAAGAGGAGAUGGCAAGAAACAGUUUGGCAGCAAGGAUCAAUGGAAGUCAUUCAAAAGUGUCCAAUAACACAUUUUACACCAAAGACAGACCACCCAUCAAUAGUUGUAGACAGGGUGGUGAAGCAGCAGCCAAACCACCCAUCAUGUCUGGACCAAUGGUUGGCACUGCCAGUGUGACUCCAUACAUAUCUUAUGAAGGACAAAAGCAUCAUUCGGCCAGCUUACCUGAUGGAUCCAGCAACAGGGCUUAUGACAUUAAGGAGACUGGUAAUGCUGUUAACCCAAUACCAGUGCCAGCCCGAUCAGCACCCUCUACCAGCCCCCCUGGCACAUGGGCAUCAAGAAGCGGUUACCCGUCUCAGGCGCCAUCGUCUCCUUUCUCAAACAGUUCCUCCUCUUCUAGCUCACCUGGAGCGGGUCAGAAUUAUUCUCCAGUGUCUCAGGGAUUCCCUCAAACAGGGAAGUCUCCCUCUCAGUCGCCCACAGGAACAUACAGGGAUGCAUAUCACCAGCCUCAACAGGUUAGCCUUGGUCAGCACUGCCAACCAAACUCUGCCCAGUGGCCUGCCAGUGGACUGACAUAUCAAAACGGGGGAGCUCAUAAUAUUGGUACCCCCUCCCCUACCCAGGUGACCCAACCUCCAUUGUCCCAUGGAGGGAAGCAAGGUGAGCCAUCCCAACCCAAGAGCUCUGCACCCGGUAACCCGACAGUGCCCGCUUUUACCCAUGUUGAGUCGCCCCAUGAUGAGUCUUCCAGCCAUUCUCGGGCGCUCAAGCUGCCAUGCCAGACCCUCCAUGUACAGACAGAUCAGGGGCCAUCUGCGGCUGAAAUAAAAUUAGAAGCUCUAACUGAACGCCUGGAAAAGGAGAUGGACGCCCAGCCAAAGGCUGAGUACUUUGGCAGCUGUGUGAAGUGCAACAAGGCUGUGUAUGGAGCGAGUCAGGCGUGUCAGGCCAUGGGCAACCUGUACCAUGACAGCUGCUUCACCUGCAGCGCUUGCA